CUUGAAACUACUUUCUACUUUACAGAAAGUUCAUUGUUUUAUUGUAAGUUCAUGAUGCAACACCGGGUAUUCCCUUUAAAUUAACUCUCGACACCACCGACGCAAGUCUGAGCUAAUUGUUUCAUUCACAAAUGUGGACAAACAGCAAUCACAACAUUUCUGCGCUCCAUAGGAUCCACCCACCACAUAGUGACACUGAGCGUCAAAGUUAUUUGAGGAAGACAAGGUGACUCACCUGUACUGGAUUUAACCUGGAAGGUGAUCUUGACUGUUCUUAGUUAUAAUUGAGAGAAGACGACAACAUUGAUUUAAUCAGUCACAUGAUGGCAGAACAUGGCGAACCUUGCUCUGUGUCUGAAGCCAACUUUUGUAUGAAUGGAGGAACAUGUUUUAAAAUACCCUCGGUGACUACACCUACUUGUGUGUGUAGCGCAAACUAUGAGGGCAGCAGAUGUGAGCAGUUUCAGCUUUUUAGUGUCUCUAAGAGCACCGAGGAGACGGGAAUGAUCGCAGCUGUAGUUCUCAUCAGCUUUCUCAUUAUAAUAGUGCUCUGCGCGGUCAUAUAUUACAUCUACAAAAUAAAGAGAUCUGCCAGAAGCCAGCCGAAACCUGAAGAGUACUUGACGGUCAAUUCAAGAGCGUGAUAUUUUCUCAGGCCGACCGACUCGACUUUUAGGACUCUGAGCAUAAUGACACAUGGACUCAUUGGGAUUUAAAAGAGGCAGACGGCAGCGAAAUCGCUAUGAUUGAGAAUCCCUUAAGAGUUGAGCAUUACCUGGAGGACUUGCACAUCAUGUGAAAAUGUGUGUCGGCUUGCACAGUUCUUUGGUUCAGUAGCUCAUAGUGUCAAACCAUCUUUGUUUCUUAGAGCUUAUAAACUUUGUAAAUAGUUUCAUCAAAUAAAACUAAUUUAAAUAUGCAACAAAAUGGUUCAGUUUACACAGAAGACAAAACAUUUCAAAAACAGCAUCCUUUACUGUAAAAAAUAAAAGAUUUGUUGGUUCACAGAAAUUGUUUGUGCUGCGUUCAAAUUUUUUGAGUAAACUAAUAUUUUUGUAGUUAAAUUAACUCAAAUUUUUUAGACAGCACAAACACUUUUUUUGUUUUUGUUGAACCAACAAAUGAAGAGUUUCGUUGCAAAACGAGAUAACCACCGUUUUUUUAAUUGUUCAGAAAUCUAGUUUUUUGGUUGUGCAUUCCAAUUAAUUUCAAUGCAACUGCAGUUGGUUUGUUUUGAUUUAAACCUUCAUAACUUAAAAAUACAGCUAAGUAGUACCAUAAAACAAAAUAAUAACAUGAUAACAUAAUAAUAAACAUGUUUUGUCAAAAAUGUUAAAAAAUGGAUUUAUCUAGUUUUGCAACGAAACUCUUCAAAUCUUUAUACGCUCUUAAAAAUAAAGGGUUCUUUGCAGCAAUGCCGUAGAUUGUCCAUUUAUUUAUUUAUUUUCCACUUAUUCAGUCAAAGAUCUUUUAAUAGUCUGUAAAACCUUUUACUACAAAGAACCCUUUAUGCUACAGAAAGAUUCUGUGGAUGUUAAAGGUUCUUUAUGGAACUAUAGAGCCCCAAAAGCACUGUUCAGGAACCUUUAUUUUAAAGAGUUUACAGCAGGUAUUAAUUUUCUUUACAUAUAUUUUAUGGGGAAAUUAUGAUAUCACAAAUGAUCUGUCAUUAAAGGCUAUUCAUGUUUUUGGACUGUUUCAAUGUUUUUUUUUAAAAAAACAUUUCUUUCUUACAUUUUAUAAGAACCUUUUUUCACUACAAAGAACCUCCAGAAAGGUUCUUUAGAUGUUAAAGGUUCCAGCAAAAAAUGGUUGUUCUAUGGUAGCAUGAAGCACAUUUAUUUUCAAGAGUGUAACAUUUGUGUUGCAUAUUACACUCUUUAAAAAAAGGUGCUUUAAUGGGUUCUUUGCAGCGAUGCCAUAGAAGAACUUUUCUUGGUUCCUCAAAGAAACUUAAAAAAAAAGAAAAUCUCUAGAACCUUUUCCACAACAAAGAACCUUUCAUGAAAAUCUAUACGUGUAUGUAAAUAACAUUUUCUUUCAAUUCUUCCUCUAUUCGGAGUAUACUGUAUAUAUUAGAACUAUAAGAAUUGUAACAUAGAAAUAUUGCUUAAUAAAUAGCACUGUUGACUUUU